AUGGCUUCAACAACCACCCAAGAAGAGCAAGUCUUCCCAGACGCAGCAGAAUACCUCAGUGACCCCCGCUUUCAUCAGUCCUUCACCCUCCCAGCAGACCCCUCAUUGCCACCCGAUUUCAAAGUCACGUACAGCGACUACGGCUUCCGGGACGCAGAACACCCAGACCGCGAGAAUGUUCUGCUCUGGUGCAGCGGCCUCCUAGGCAGCCGCUAUCUCCAUAUCGCAAAAGACAGUCUCGCCAAGCGACACAAGGUCCGCAUAAUCGACAUCGACCGGCCGGGCUUCGGCGGCACCACCCCCGUGCCCAACCCCGGAGACCGCGUCCGCGCCUGGGUCACCAUCGUCCCCGCCCUCCUCGCCCACCUCAACAUCCGCCACGUCUGCCUGGCCGCCCACAGCGGCGGCGCCAUCUACGCGCUCAACACGCUGCUGUACCUCCGACACCUCCUCUCACCGGCGCGUCCGUACGUCGCCAUCAUCACGCCGUGGGUGCACACCUCGCACUCCGGCGCCCCGCUGCUGACGGCGGCGGGCGUGCUGCCCGAGAGCAUGGUCGGCGCGCUCGACAAGGUCGCUGGCUUCAUCAACCGGAACCUGGCUCCCGCUAUUGGGUUCAGCGGCGCCGCGAUCGGUGCCGUGAGCGACAUGUUGCCCAGUCUGCAGGGGAAAGGGGCGUACAUGGCGCCCGGGGUGGACGUGAGGCUUGCGGAGUUCGAGCAGAAGAUCUGGAAGCAGCUCAUCGACAGGGUGUACUCAGAGAACGUGGAAGGACUCGGACAGGAUGCCCGUCUGCUUCUGAAGAGAACCGGGCACGAGGGGUUUUGGGGAGAAUGGAACGACCAUGAUCAGUUUGUGCCACUCUUGGCGGAGAAGGAGAGGGAACUCAACGCAGACAAGAAGCUCCGAGUGGAAAUCUUCUUUGCGGAGUCGGAUGCGUUGAUCGGAACUGGCAAAGGGCCGGAAUACUUUGACAAGUGUUGGACGGAGGAGAAGAGGGGGGACAGAAUCGAGUACAAGAGCUGUGUGGUCCCGAAAUCAGACCACGAUGGCAUUGUGAGUCUGAGGUUUGGUGUUUUUGAGCAGAUUAUCCGCAGAGUUGCCGGAGAAGAAGAGGGGGCGGCACCGGCGACAACCACUGCCUCCACUGCGCCGGCUUCUGCGGCCAGAGAAGCUGUUGUUUCGUGA